AUGGUUGCCAUCAACAAGCUCAUUGCUCUUCUUCCAUUCUUGGCUGUUGCUACAGCUGCCCCAACAGCAAAGUCUUUCAAGUCUGUACGCGCUGUUGAAGGUACAGACGAGGACCUCUCUCAAGUCUAUAAGAGAGGAACUGGUACCACUGAUCAAGACCUUUCGCAGGUAUAUCGACGUGCCGAAGAUGAAGAUCUAUCUCAAGUCUACAAGCGUACAGUAGCGGGAACUGAAUCAACUGAUGAGGAUUUAUCUCAAGUCUAUCGUCGUUCUGAAGACGGGGAUCUUUCCCAAGUUUACAGACGGACUGAAGAUGAAGAUUUGUCCCAAGUGUACAAGAGAGCAGAAGACGAGGAUCUCUCUCAAUUAUACAAGAGAGUUGAAGAUGAAGACCUGUCUCAGGUCCACAAGCGACACCCAAACAGUGACGAAGAUCUUUCUCAAGUCUACAAGAGAGCAGAGGAUGAGGACCUUUCCCAAGUUUACCGACGCGCUGAGGCAAGCACCGACGAGCAUCUUUCGCAAGUUUAUCGCAGAGCUGAAGAUAAAGAUUUAUCGCAGGUAUACAAGCGUGCUGAAGAUGAGGAUCUUUCUCAACUCUACUAG